GGUGAUACCAGGAGGGUUGUCGCAGUAGAUUUAUUUAUUUAUACAUGCACUGCGUACAGUCAGAAGCGCGGGAGGGUGAGAGAAUUCACCAGAGCCAGAGCGGGGAACAGAACAGGCACACUGACGAAAUACACUGCUGAGGGGAGCAGCAGGCGCGGCGGGAGAGUAGGACACAGAUGAUGCACACGAUAAUUGAUCAAUAAAUCAAACGCCUACACGAAGGAAUGAGUAUCCGGCAAGAAUGAAGCCACCUCCCCUGAAGAACUACAUUUCCCUGUAUGCUUGGCGCGAUUCGCUUAAGUGGAAAAAGUGACCGUUACUUCCCACGGUCGCACAUUCGCCUUCGCCUGCCGGUUCCGCAGUGUUUUAUGGGAAAGGUAGUUCUAGCGCUCGUCGUCUGGCCCUCGGUAAACUAAGCCCAAACUCUACUUCCCAGCAAGCCGCGUACCGGCCAAGGAAGGGUAAGAUGGCGGACGCUGAAGAGGAUGUUUUGCGGCCGGCUGCGACCUCCGCCGCACCGAUUUCAUUCAGCUUCAGUCGCACGGCGGCCCGGAGACGGCUGGCGGAUCCGGGAGACGGCGCGGGUGUGGUUCCGGAAGAGAAGGAUUACUUGAAGACUGUGGAAGGAAAGGAGCUGCAGAGUGUGAAGCCCUCAGAAGCCCCUAAGGAACUCGUGAUCCCUUUGAUCCAGAAUGGCCAUCGCAGACAGCCACUGGCCCAGGCCCCUGGGCCAUCCACAAAUACUGAAGUCUCCAUGGAUGGGGUGCUAUCUCAAGCUGUGAAAGAGCUCAUUGAGGAAUCCAAGAAGUCUCUGGAGGAGAGAGAGAAUGCGGGUGUCGACCCCACGCUCGCUAUCCCCAUGAUCCAGAAAGGAUGCACCCCCAACGGGGAAAGGGCAGACAGCGAACCCUGGGCUGAGACAAUGCCAGAGGAGGCUGAUUAUGAGGCAGUCCCUGUGGAGGCCUAUGGGCUGGCCAUGCUGCGGGGCAUGGGGUGGAAACCUGGCGAGGGCAUCGGCCACACCUUCAAUCAAGUGGUGAAGCCCCGUGUCAACUCACUGAGGCCCAAGGGGUUAGGGCUGGGUGCCAACCCGACUGAGUUCCAGACCCUGGCCCCCAUCGACCCCCACCGCCUGCCAAAGCCAGAUGCAGAUCAAGAGAAGGAUGAGAAAGACCAGCCCAAAGGACUGGUGCCUGGAGGUGCCGUGGUUGUUCUUUCUGGCCCUCACCGAGGCCUCUAUGGGAAGGUGGAAGGUCUUGAUCCUGACAAUGUUCGGGCCAUGGUCCGUCUGGGCAAGGGAAACCGUAUGGUGACUGUUAGUGAGUACUGCCUGCGGCCCGUCUCCCAGCGAGAGUUCGAGAAGAACUCCCUGGAUCUCAGCCAGGUGAGCAAAACUUGCUCAGCACAACAGAAUGGAGCAGCCUCAUCAUCGAAGGCCCAGCGACAUCAGAACCUCCACGUCCGGUGGGAGGACUCCGAGAGGAAGCGGAAAUACCUUCCAGACCGACAAGAUGGGCCUGUAGCCAAGAGUGAGAAAGUGGCCCCCAGGAAUCAGCACUGGCUACACAGGGACCUGCGCGUGCGGUUUGUGGACAAGCUGCACAAGGGCGGCCAAUACUACAACACCAAGAUGACAAUAGAAGAUGUCCUGAGCCCAGAUACUUGUGUGUGUCGGACAGAUGAAGGCCGAGUCCUGGAAGGCCUGAGGGAAGACAUGCUGGAAACCUUAGUCCCCAAGGUCGAGGGUGACCGGGUGAUGGUGGUGCUGGGACCACAGGCUGGAAGGGUGGGCCGUCUGCUGGGCCGGGACAAAGCACGGAGCCGGGCCCUGGUGCAGCUGCGGAGAGAGAAUCGGCUGGUGGAGCUUUACUAUGAUGCUGUCUGCCAGUACGUGGGCCCCAGUGACUCAGAGGAAGACUGACCCAUGGACCCACUUCUACCCCAGGCUCUCACCGGUCUUAUCCAGUAUGAAAAACCUGCCUUUGCCAGGUGGGGAGAUCGUUGUUCUUUCCUCCACUUGCAGUGCAGCCUGGGGGUAGGGACAGGGCACUGCGAACAGACCCAGUAUCUGACAGAAUUUAUUGCAUAAUAAAAACUAUUUUAAACACUGAGUAAAAUGAAGAGAUCCUAAACAGUGUGGAGCGGGGAAGCCUCCCAAUUCCUAGCUCCACUUCCCUUAUUGGGCUGCGACAAGUUAAAAGGUACCUUCGCUCACAAGCUCACUCUUGAAAUUAUAAGCUAUGAAACCCAGCCCCUGAGGAGAUGCUGCAGCAUCUGGGAAUGCCUCAUCUCUGAGCAGCUUCAUCUUGGGCGGGUGACAGGAGAGAGUCUAGAGGACCAGAAGUCUCCUGCUCAAAAAUAGGGCGCCUUGGUACUGCUCAUCAAAGGACGGUUCAUUUCCAGAUCCUUGCUUAAGUCCUAAACUUCAGCUCAACAAUAAAAAGUUUUGGCUGUCUC